GGUGGCUAUGCUGUCUGGAUUGUCGUAUUAAUCGCAGUUUCCAACUUUUAUAGUUGUCAAUCAUUUCUUUAGGUGACCAUUUGAGGAUGCUGAUGGAUAAUGUAGUGAAGGGCUUUCCUCCGGGACAAUCUGUUGUUGGAAAGCUGUCACAGGAUAUUGUUGCUGCAUCAUCUAACCUCUCUGUUCUGGUUGAAAUCUUACCCAAACAAUUGCUCGAAUGGAAGCUACAAAUGCUGAAAUCUGCUUCUGCAUAUUCCAACUCUCAUCUCCAUGCCACAAAAGCUGAAGUGCUAUUACUUUGCAGUGGAAGAGAUCAAUUGUUUCCUAGUGAAGAAGAAGGUGAAAGACUAUGCCAUGCACUCCCAAAUUGUGAGAUUCGUAAGUUUGAUUUAAGCCACCAUUUUUUCUUCCUGUUACUUUGGCCUCUCAUGCAGGAAGGUGGUAUUGAUUUGGUAACAAUCAUCAAGGGAACUAGCUUCUAUCAUUGUGGAAAAUACCAUGACUGUUGUCAGAUUACAUGCCACCUACACCUCCUGAAUUCUAGAAGUUAUAUGAAUCAAAUAGAGAGAUGGUUAAAUGCUGCUCUUAGCUCUGUGAUGCUCUCAACUACUGAGGAUGGGAAGGUGGUGAAGGGCCUUACCGGGGUUCCAUUGGAGGGACCCGUCCUGUACAUUGGUUAUCACAUGUUACUGGGACUAGAAGUUAUUUCCUUGGUAUCUGAAUUUCUUACUCAGAGAAAUAUCCUCUUGCGAGGGAUAGCACAUCCAUUGCUGUUUGAAAGAUUGAGAGAAGGCAGGUUACCUGAUGCAUCAACCUUUGACUCAAUAUGAUUAAUGGGGGCAGUUCCUGUUUCAGGAACCUUUGACUCAACCUUUGACCCAAGGAAGAAAGCAAGGACUGAAAGAUAGGGAGAAAUGUUAUCAACUGUAUUUACAUAGAUGCAUUGCUUACUUGAAGCAGAAAAGAGAAGAAGAUCCAUACAGGAAUAUUGUACCCCGGCUAAUGCACCAGGCCACACAUGGUUCCAACUCUCAAGCUCCUUCCUGUGACCUUUAAUCAAUCUUGUUAUUGAGUGGUGUUGAAUCCCCUGGGAGUAACUUAACAAGUAUUUGUAUAACUUGACACCGAUUAAAACUUUAAUAUGCAUCAUUUUUUUGUUUGUAAUACGCAUAAUUUCUUCUAGAAAUUACAUGAUACAGCUAUAAAAAUAAUUAUAUUUA